AGUUACAGCCAGUACAACAAGUACUUGAGUCGAGUUAAUCCAGCGAAGGACGACAGUGCCCGAUUAGACGCCGUCACAAGCGAAGUGGAAGUAGGCAAUAAACAACCGGUAGUUACUGGAGCUUGAGAGGAAAGAUCAUCAAAACGACUGCCGUCAACAGUAUUGUCAACGUUGUCAACAAAAACUACUUGACCAUCGUCGAUACCAACAUGGUGAAGGUUUACCCUAUGACGAAAAUUUUUUUUUAUUAAAGGAUUGCACCGAAUUCGUUGCUUCCAGAACCACUUACGCGGUUCGUUGUCGAACAAUAUCGCCCCGCAGUUAGAAUGUUUCGCAGGCCGUAACGAAAAAGUGUUUCCUAGCUUAAUUCGCUGUGUCCAACAUCUGUACAGCGGCUCCGCUGGUCCGCAGCGGCAUUGCGGAUCUUAGCUUUCCAAACACUUUCCACUAGAAAUCGUUUCAAUCAGCUACGAAAAUUUCGGUAAUUAAGGGUUCGUACUUACCCAGUUUACAGAACAGAUCGACGUGGUAUACAUCAGGAAGGAAGAGCGUCCAAAGAAACAUCAUAUUCUGCUCAAUUCGCAGUUGAAUUUGAAGAAUUUCAAGCCAACAAAUGAUAACUUCGUGAUUCUUUCCUACCUUAUUUCUACGGUCAUCUUCUUAAGAAACAUCAUCUUGGUAAUAAUGGUAUUCACGUGUUUCUGUCCGCGUGACAAAGACGAAUCGUCAGUUCCGCCGAUUCAGACGGCACCUAUGCCGACGUAUCAGCCGCCGUCGGUGACAGCAGACACCAUGAACAACCAGCCAAUGGCUCUGCAGCAGCAGCAGUCAUUCCAAAACCCUCACAGCAACCCCCACCCGUUCGCACCCUCUACAUACGGGCCAGGGUCUGUUGUACCCACUGGGCAAUAUUCAGCUGACCUAUACCCUCCAGGGCAGUAUCCAUUUGCAGCGCAGUUUUCACCCCCAGGACCGCAUUUACCAAGACAAUAUCCAUCAGGACAGUACCCAUUUUUUAGCCCAUAUCCACCUGCUGGACCCUACUCUCCUCCAGGCUCUUAUCCUCCUGCCGCCCCGUAUACGGUAACGGGCCAGAUUGCUUCAGGAGCUCCUGUUCCCGUAAUGCAACAACCAAACAGAUCAGGCGGGGGCUUAGGUAGUGUGGGCACGUUUGCGGUAGGGGCUGCCGCAGGAGGCCUGGCAGGCUAUGCCAUCAACUCGAUGGUUCACUCAGUAGAUCACGGUAACAAUGAAGAGAACCGCAGCGAUACAGCUGACCACGAGACCACGGCAACGGCAAAAGUCGAACCGCAAAGGGACAUUGACGUGAUUCAGGAAUACCCCAACAGAGGAGGCAUGUAUGGCGAAGUUGAGUCCGCGUACCAACAGCCGACGUAUCCUAGUGAACAAACCACCCACAGUCCACCCCCCGGUGCCUACCAAGAGCCUUCGCACGAUUCGGGUGACUUUGGCGGAGAUGAUAUCAGCGGCGAUUGUGUCGGUGAAGGCGACUCCGUCUAGCCGAUAGCGGUUGACGUAAUCAUCAAAGAAAUCAACCUAAGGCAGUUAGACCGAAAGGAAAAAGGAGAGCGAGAAAGGAAAGCAAAGGUACUAUAACGUGACGUUUAUGAGGAUUGUUAUGAUAAUAUCUGUAAGUACUGUAAUGCAAUUGCAACAGCUCCUACGAGAUUACAUUUUAUUAAAGUCUGCGUCUUAUAUUU